GCACCUUACUAACUGAUGACAAUGUACUAUGUUUCCAUCCUCAAUGCGGGUCACAUGUUAAACUUGCAAACAGCAGAAAAACUGUAUUCAGACCCAAGUAAGUGUGUUACAGUAACAUUAAAAUAAAUAAAUAAAUAACACAAGUAAUAUUAGUUUAUUCUGUAUGUAUAAUUGUAUUAAAACUUUACCCUUAUUUUAGUCCAAAUGAAGAUUUCAACUUUGGCAUAACAUUAACCUCCCGACCGCUGGCUGCUGAUGAGUGUCUUGAAGUCCAAAUUGAGGAGGUUAUAGAUAAAUGGGCAGGGUCACUUGAGAUAGGAGUGACCACACAUGCCCCUGGUACAUUUUCGCUCCCAGGUACCAUGACCAAUGUCACAUCUGGCACGUGGAUGUUUUCUGGAGGCGCCAUCGUUCAAAAUGGAAUAACAAUCCUUGAGGCUUAUGGAAGAAACAUGGCUGUAUCUUAUAAGGUAUCAUAUAAAAUUUAGUUGAUAAUAGGUUUAUCUUAGCAUUAGAUUAGUGUAAUAAAUCACUGUAAUUUUAGUAUAAAAGGAUGUGUGAAAAGGUUAAAGUGGUCCAUUUCAAGUGAACAGAUUUUUCACACAAUGACAUGUAAAGUGUUUUUCAUGUCUCUGCUUGAAAUAGAAUUCAAAAACAGGAAAACAAAGAAAAAUCAUAAGUGUGUACUUACACAACAUUGACUUACACAACAUAUUUUUUGAAAAUUACUUCGCGAAUGAACUUACUAGAUCGAUCGUUUUUGAAGCAAUUUAAAACAUUCGUGUUUUAUCAGACCUAUAUAGAGAUGCUCGGCUUCGCCUCGUAUCUUUAUAUCUGAUAAAACACUGCAUGCUGCUUGUGUUUUAAGUAGUACUUGAAGUAUUGUACUCAGAGGGAUAUUCGGAAUGAGAUUUUGAUAAGUGAAAACACUGCCUGCGACAAUUUCAAACAGAUUUCGAAUGUGGUGAAGACAGACAUGUUUUUAACACUGCUGUAUAGUACAAUAGUGUAGGUAGCAACUAUAGUCAACUGCAUGCUGUGUGGUAGAGAUGCAACUAUCUGAGCUCUGACGUUUCGAGCGAAGGUCCUUUGUUGGGAAGUCAGUAACCAAACUGCUAACUUUCUAUCUUUCCGACAAAGGGCCUUCGCUCAAAACGUCUAAUUUCUGCUUACAUCUUUCUCACACACUGCAGCUGUCUCUAAAAACAUUGCUUGUUUAUCAAGGUUGGCGAUAAACUGGGCGUCUGUGUGCAGUCAGAUGGGACAUUACAUUUCUACUACAACGGUGUAGACCUUGGACCUGCUGCCUCGGAAGAUCUGUCUGGUCCUUUCUAUGGCGUUGUUGAUAUCUAUGGUCAGGCUGUACAAGCAACCAUCCUGGACCACACUGCGAACAAUGGUCAGUAUUCUUACUGACUACAAUCUGUACUAAGUGAUAAGAAUAAAUUAACAUUAAACUAACUUUAUUUAUGUUGGAUAGCUCUAUCAGUUCCGAACUGUUUUCACUAACUAGAGAUCCAAUAAGAGCCAUCCCGUCUUUGUCUAACGCUAAACUAUAGAGGAAAUAUCAGAGUGCACAAAUAAGCAUUUCCUUUGAAUUUUCAAGUUGCAAAUAUUCAACCUAACAAAUUUCCUGUAGCUAUUUAACAUUUCCUGUAGGCUGUGAGCGGUGCUUGCAUGUUUGGCUAUUUUUCCAUCCCAAUUUUAGUGAACUGAGCACUUUAAAAUUCCAUAUUUUCUAGAAACUUUACCGCCAGUCAAUAACAACACACGUGAUGCGCAACCGGUUGCCGAAGGAACUGAUAACCAGACUGCUGCGAGAAGAGUGGGGAAAUUCGGCGAAACACAUGGCAGGCUGAUUGUUUUGAAUGAUGAUAGAACAGGAGCUACGAGACUUAACGCCCUGACGGAGUUUAACCAUGCAGUUGUCAUAAGUGAACAGCCUCUGGAGGAUGAUCGUCUCUUUGAAGUCGUGAUUGAGCAAAUUACGGACAGGUUUGUGUCAUUUAUUACAGACACUUGCCAUUAUUACCUCCGCCAGGACGUUAUGUUUUCAUCCGCGUUUGUAUGUAUGUGUGUGUAUAUGCAUUUGUUUUCAGGCUUCACGAGUUGCAGUCUUCACGAGAUGCAGGCUUCACGAGUUGCAGGCUUCACGAGUUACAGGCUUCACGAGUUGCAGGCUUCACGAGUUGCAGGCUUCACGAGUUGCAGGCUUCACGAGUUGCAGGCUUCACGAGUUGCAGGCUUCGGUUUGUAGUUUGUCAGUUACCUUUGAUUAAGUCUUAGAAAAACAUUCGAUAGAAAGUCAACGGUAAACCUAAUAGCGGAAAGUUAUAUCGUGCUUCGGUGCUUGCCUAAACAUUAUGAAGGACUCCGUUUAUGUCGGGGUAUAUUAAAUACGUGGGGUAAAGUUGAAUGUAUCUGACACUUAGGGAUAUCGGUGGCGCGAACGUCAGCGUAGCAAGCGCCUUUCGCCUCUGAGAUCGUGGUUCGAUUCUCGCUGCGGAUUCAUGACAUUUAUUUGAAAGAGUCAGUCAACUCUCUACCGAAGAUCGUGGGUUUUCUCUGGGUACUUCAGUUUCCUCCCACAGGAAAUGUUGACUGGGUGGUUUGGGAUAACCCUCAAAAUGACGCUUCCACCGUAGUUGUACUCCGUGAUCAGACAUGAGUCAUAAGGUGGCUGCCAGAGGCGCCCUUAGAAAGCCUUCAACUCGAUCAGGUUGAGCUGCAUCUUUUGUGAUUCAGUAUAGCUCUCAGCUGCAAGUAAGGAUGAUUAGCACACCUCCACAUACUUGGUUCAUUGUGUCAGUUGUGUAACACCUUCAUAAUAAUAUAAUAAACUAAAAACCUCGACACUGAUAGGAUAUCUACUGGUGCCUGUGUACCUUCGUAUAUUGGAGGUUCGGCACUAAUUAUUGCUCCUGUUAUAAUUCAGAUGGUCAGGUUCGCUCGAAGUAGGAUUACUGAGUCUUGCUCCGCCUGAUUUGGAAUUACCGAUCACUCUAACCGACCUCAAUCAUCAUUGCUGGGUGGUCAGCGGUUCAAGCGUGAUGCAAGAUGGGAACACGAUUAUCAACGGAUAUGGCGUGGAUCUUGACAGCGUGGGAAUGGGAACUAAAGUAGGUGUAAUGAGGAAAUCGGAUGGAACAUUUCACGUGUUCCUGAAUGGUGAAGAUAAAGGAACUGCUGCUUCUCUAGUUCCACCAGGUAAACGAAGCUAACUUUAUUUUAACUGGAUAACUCCAUCAGUCUGUUCUACCUGGAGGUCCAGUAAAUGUUAUCUCGUAUUGGUUUAGUGUUGCUACUGGAGGAAAAGUUGUUAGUAGUUUUUUUCUGUUUCAGGUGUGUUCGCGACUUUCGACUUGUAUGGCCAGUGUGUUCAGGUUUCCAUAAUAUCAGAAGAUAGAGCAGGCGCUCUUUGUAGAUCAUCCUCGGUAGAGAGUCUCAUCGAUGAAUCAAUGUUAGGUGUGUAAGUGUGUAAGAAUCUGUUUAACUGGCUAAAAUAGUUAGUAACUGGUUAGCUCUAUCAGUUCUACCCCAUCGUAAAUGUCUAGUAAGGCCAUCUCUUGUUUGUCCGUAUCAGUUCGUAAGUGAUCUCCCUAAAAAUCCCGUGUAGUCAUCCCUUAUUGGUCCGGUAUUAUUAUGCAAUUUCAUUUCAUUUCAGACUUAAAGUACACCUUCCAUCCCUGCAGUGGAGAGAACAUCGCUUUCCGCAACCAUGGUCACACCGCCGUCCGUGCGCGCAGCUUUAACGGGGGACUGGUGUUUAGUGACAAGCCGCUCGAGAACGAGGCCGUGUUUGAAAUCCGGAUCGACAAGAUGGACACAAAGUGGACUGGAUCUUUGUCCAUCGGUGUGACGUCACAUGUACCUCCUACCCAUGCCCCGGCGGAAGUUGGCGAAUUGAGAAACAAUACUGUAUUCCUGUCAGGCUCGUCUGUCUUCAAAGAUGGCGUGAAAGUUCGGGGUUGUAGUGUUUUCUUGGAUAGACUUCAAGUAUGUGGCAAUCGUCAGAUUGUUUUAGCUAUUGCCUAUGAUCUAGUCCUCCCGUCUCCCUUUUAUCUCUUUUUAUUAUUGCAUGUCCAUACCAUAUCUACCUUCUCUGAAAUGUACACCACCACAUGUCCUUCUGAUCUCUUUAUCCCAUAAUGUUGCUGACCAGCUCUUCUUCAUCUCUUCAUAUUAUGUGUCCAUACUAUCUCAGCCUUGCUCCCUUCAUCUACUCUGCAAUGUCUAUCACUCUACAUAUUCGUCUCAUCUCUUCAUCCCAUAAUGUCGCUGACCAGCUCUCCUUCAUCUCGUCAUAUUAUGUGUCCAUACUAUCUCAGCCUUGCUCCCUUCAUCUACUCUGCAAUGUCUACCACUCAAGUAGACUCCACAUGUUCGUCUGAUCUCUUCAUCCAAUGAUGUUGCUGACCAGCUCUCCUUCAUCUCUUCAUAUAUUACCAGGAAGGAUCUCGAAUUGGUCUCCAACGCCAGUAUGAUGGUUCACUGCAUGUCUUUGUUGACAGUAAAUAUAAAGGAGUUGCGGCAUCUGAUGUACCGCAGGUGAGGUUUGUGUGUAAAGUUUUCUAAAGUCAGGUUAAAUAUAGCUUGUUCUCAGUAUUAAAUGUACGUAUGGACUGUGGAGUCGAAUGACUCUGAUCUCUAACAACUUGUAUGUUUUAAGGGUGUCUUUGGAGUUGUGGAUGUUUAUGGAAGUACGCAGAUUGUCUCAAUUGUAAACACAACAAACCGAAGUAAGUUUUAAUGUCUGGGAUGAAACACAUUUCCGGAAACAUCGUUUUUUCGCCAUGUUUCUUGAGGGUCGGUAAAUUAGGAAACAAAAUCACACUUGUACCAUACAUUUCUAAUAGAAAGUAAUGUGGUAUGAGGUUGGGUUGUAUUUUUACCAUUUGUAUACUUUAUUUUAGUUCUAUCUGAUAACUAUAUCAGUUCGGAUGAAGAAACCACGAGUAACCCAACUCAGAAACCUGAAUCAGAAAUACCCGAGUAAGUACGCGGCUGAUGUUUUUGUGGAAAUUACAACAACAGUAGCCGAUGCUCCUAACUUUCAACACACUGCGGGCCAGACUGAAAACUCAGAAGGACAGUACUAAAUCUAAAUUUCUGUCUUCUUUUCAGCCUAAGCUUUCAUUCAAAAUGUGGUCUCAACAUAAUUAUGGAUGCAUUGUGUACAACUGCUCGAAGGAAGGCGCGUUAUAAUGAUGGAUUGGUGUUUAGUCGUAAACCACUAGCCAACAAAGAAAUGUUUCAGGUACUGAUUAUUUAAUGCCUGUCAAGUAUACAUACAUGUAAAGAAAGGAUGGCCCUUGCUGGACUUCCAAGAAGAACAGUUCAGAAAUGCAUGUUAAAUUAUCCAGGAUACAUAAAGUUUGUUUAGAUUUCCUCAAUAACAUUCAAUCAAUAAGGAUAACCUUUACUAGACCUCUAGUGAGAAGAAUUUAGAAUUGAUACAGCUGUCCAGUGUAAAAGAUGUAGUGUUUUUCUUUCCUUCAACGAAAGGAGGAGUAUAGGGAAAAGGUUGUGUACAACACUGUACAACGUUGCGAGCAUUUACCAUUGUCCUUGUAGAUUCGUGUCGACUCUCUCAACCCCAGCUGGUCUGGAUCACUCGCAGUUGGUGUGCUUGCUACUCAUUCCCUGGAUAAACUAAACCUCCCGGCCACUGCGGUAUCACUACGCUCUAACUGUUGUGUCCUCGUUCAUGGAUCGCAGAUUUAUAUUAAUGGAAACAAGGUUAGUUUAAUGAAUGACUGAAAACCAUUACUUAAGAACGUCGCAGCGUGUCAGCAAGAUGUGUUCGCACUGCUUGUUCCAAGUUGUUGACAACUUUGGGACAAGAUAUUUGCUGUGUUGGUGUAGUAAUAUACUCAGGUGAAUAAGAUGCUUGUGAUGUGGAUAUACACUCAGAGUAUCAUCACAAGCAUCAACUUUGGGACAAGUUGUUAUCAUCUUGUAACAAGGUUGAUGAGGCCAACAGACUCGCAACAAGUUGUUCCAACGUGUCUGAUAUCGUCUGCAUGUAACAAGUUGAUGACAACAAGCUCGUUGCAACUUGUUACGAACAACCUGCAUUAAUUUUGUUAGAACAACUUGCAGCAAGUUUGGUACCGUCAUCAACCUUGAUGGAACCCUGGAAAUACAGGAACACUGUGGAAUUAAACUUGUACAAGAUUGCUCUAAGAACUGUAUUAACAAUCCCCACGUAACUACGAAAACGUCGUUUAUUUUUGUUUUUUCCCUCAGACGGACAUCCAGUAUCCGUUCAAUUUUGAUGAUUUGCGAGAGGGUGAUAGGGUCGGUCUGAUAUGCGACGAUGACAACCGUUUACAUAUCAUCGUGAAUGACACGGACAAAGGAUUUGUCGAUCAUGAGAUUUCCACCACGAAACACGCCAUGUUGGAUCUAUAUGGGCGUUGCGAACAACUCUCAGUCGUGCCUUGUAACAAGAUACCGGAGUUACGAAGUGUGGAGCACAGUGAGGAGGAUGUGAAGAGUGAUGUUGAGGAAGAGAAAGUAUCAACAGACGAGAGUAAAGGUAUAGUACCUGUUUAUUAUGUAGUAUUUGAAACACGAGAAGGAGUGUUUUAUCAUAUUUUAUAUAUAGAUAUGAUAAAACGCGAGUUCGAGUGUUUUGAAUAGCUUAAAAUACGACUACAAAAGAAUACUAAUUAGGAUGAACAAUUAUAUAAUCAUACUAAUUAGGAUGAACAAUUAUAAAAAGAAUACUAAUGAAGAUGAGUUUUAUCAGAUAUAAAGUCAAGUAGUAACUCUUUUAUUCCGUCUAGAUAAAAUGCUUUCUUGUGAAAAUUGUGAGUACAAGAAACGCUGCGAAAGAUUCAAACUUACUCUUGGAAUACCUGGUAAGAUUGGUGAAAAUAUUGUUGUUGUAACUAAUCUUUUAAUUGCAAAGUGCGUCAUACAGGGCCAAACAAAAAAUAUGUGGGUUUCCGGUUUCCCGACCCUACCUAGCUUUUGGACGUCGAAAUCCCGACCCUAAACUUUUUUAUUGGGUCAUGCUUGUAAGUGUUUCCACUUAGAGGAAAAAGUUUGUGGAAAAUUGAAAUUUGAGGCAAUAUUAGGGAAAUUUAUCUUUGGAUGUGGAAGCACUGACUAAACAAAAUGGCGUCCGCUUGUUCGGAAAAUUAAAAAAAAGUUUUAAAAAAAAAAGUUAAAACCGACCUACCCUACCUAAGUUUUUAUAAGAAGAGACCGGAAACCCACAUAUUUUUUUUUUGCCCAGUUCUUUUCACCUUACUGCACCUCAGUAAGUUUCAGGAGAAUGUUUCAGAUAGAGAGAAGUGAUAGGGCUAUUUCAGAGCCAUCAGGGCCUGACAUGAUACAAUAUAUUUAUGAGAAAAACUCAACACUCAAGUGAUAUUUGAACUCGCAUACUCAGCGAACCGGUUCAACUGACGCAGUGUUGUGUUUUCGCGCAUGAAAAUAUUGUAUCAUGAUAGAGCUAUCCCAGUAUAAAUUUACCUUACUUCAUAUUUUUUGUAUUCUAUUUUUUCUUAGAACAAUAUUUUACGAAGAAUGUGAUUUGUUAUUGCUCCAGUUGCUGUGAUGCCCGCGAUGAGCAUCGUGUCACGGCCUGCGGUGACCCGCCGCAGGAAUACGCUCGUCCUAUUGGCUGGUGCAAAUUUGAACUAAGGUCAGUUCUAAGGUGUUGCUAGAAAGCUGUUUAUAAAUAGGACAGCCAUUUACUGUAAUUUACGUUCCAUUGUACUUUUUAGACUUCCUCCGAAUUUAAAUUCAGCUCAAAUAUUUUCUCAAAAUCAUUUGGCAUACACCGUUGUGCACGUGGGCUCCAUACGGAGAACGCUGGACAGAGGUACCGUUUUACCGCCUCGGAAAAGCAAUCACGUGAUUACUGGACAUGGAGACAAGAAAAUUGUUGUGUCACCAAGUAUCGUUCGUGCAAUGACGCUGACCAAUGAAAAGAAAUUUCUGUAAGUUCUUAUUUUCUAAUAUCACUGAUCCAGUAAUAAACCUGGAUUGAAUACUUUAUCGUUGUUUCUUCAUUCAGGUUUACAGACGCAAUUUCUGGCAAGCGGUCGAGCACUCAAGUGGCGUUUGAGAUCCGAUUGCCUUCCGAAGGUUACACGAAGUCCACGCCGAACAGUGAGACCGAAUUGGACGCUAGGGACUGGUGUCUAGAGUUACCUGCGAAAAUUGUUUUGUCAGGAUUGCUUGUGCAGAUAUGUGAGGAAAAUAGGUAGCUGUUAGCUUGUGUUCAAUUUUUAUCAGGCGAAAUUUAAGCCAGGUUCACACUAGCAAUAGGCAAUUCCAGCUUUUACUUUAUGCCUGCUGGGGAUGAUGGGAAGUAAGGUAUCAUAGUGCUGAUUAUGCUGAAAAUUUUCAAUAAAAACUACCGAAACAACCAAAAUAUUUCAAUAUUUACAAGUAUAAGCUAUCACUCCGUGUUUACACGGCCACCAUUUCUAUUUUUUCAGCAUAAUCAGCAAUGUGAUACCUUACUUCCCAUCGUCCCCUGCACGCAUAAACUAAAAGCUGGAAUUGCCUAUUGUGUCGGCGAUUUUUCUCCUCCUGGGGGAUGUGUUUUAACGAAUGAUAUGCAAAAGACUUAGAAAUGUAUACUUUCGAAAAAAUAUAUUUUCUGUACUUUAGGUUAGGUUGCGCGUUCACUCAUUAUCAUCCGUCAGAAAGAUAAAAUCGCCGACAAAAUCGUUAGCGUGAACCAAGCCGUAAUCGGCAACUUAGCAGCUUCGUUGCUCGUUGCAUUAAAGCUUGUUAAGCAUUAAAUUAGAGCAAUUGUACAUAAACAAGAUAAAAAAGCACCGCGGUAAAGCAAGCGUCCAUGUAUCGAUUGCUUGUAUUCGAUAGAGUAUCGUUUUGAAGCUCCGCCCUCUAGCAAAAUGUGUAAAGAUAUGCUCAUUAUAACUUUUGUCACAAGGAAAAAGUGAUGAAAUUCCUGAGCUUGUACCUUUAGCCAUUUCUUUAUAGUAAAUGCUUUUCUAUUCCGUAUUUCCUGUCAUAGUGGCGCUUGACGUUUGACCGUAGUGGUGUUGUGAAAAACACAACAACAAAAAAACUAGAACUAACACUUUGACGACCAUCGUACAGAUAUAUAAAUUAAUGUAAUAAAUGUAGCCUCCGCGCAGGCAGGCAGGCAAGCGCUUGCUUCGCCGUCGCCGAGCAUGCACGCAUACAAAUCUCACAACUUCUCAAAAAGUUGUGUUCGCACUGCUUGUUCCCAGUUGUUGACAAGUCUAACACAAGUUGUUAACAUCUUGCAACGAGGUUAAUGUGGUCAACAGACUCGCAACAAGUUGUUCCAGCAAGCCCGAUAUCGUCUGUACGUACGUUUGUUCGCAGUGCUUGUUCCCAGUUGUUGACAACUUUGGGACAAGUUGUUAUCGUCUUGUAACAAGGUUGAUGAGGCCAACAGCACCAAGUUGUUCCAACAAGUCUGAUAUCGUCUGCCAUGUAACAAGUUGUCAACAAGUUGAUGACAACAAGCUCGUUGCUAUACUUGUUACGAACAGCUUGUACCCAAAGGUCGUAGGUUCGAAUCCCACCGUGGCCAGGCAUAUUUUUCGAGCCUGCCCGGUGUGGAUAUACACUCAGAGUAACAUCACACAAGCAGCUUGUAUUAGUCUUGUUGGAACAACUUGUAGCAAUCAUGUUUCGCUCGCUACUCUGGUUUAAAUAAAUUAUUACAAAGCCCGGUGACGUCAUCCCUUGGAUAUUUGACAGGGUGGGUUAGGUAAAAUAGGGCCCACAGUAAUUGGCAUAUGCUGUUGUGGUGACCCUGCCCUAGUUGGCAAAGCUAAAUAAAUAAAUGGAGUAAAUAAAAAAGCCACGAUUGCAUCUUUAGAUCACCCCUGAUGAAGACACUAGACUGGAGUGUCGAAACGUUGGGUCUUGAUUACAAUUCGAUUGGGCUUUGUAAUCAUUUAUUUAAACCAGAGUAGCGAGCGAAACAUGAUUGAUAUACCUGGUUGCAGUGAACGAACAAACUUUAAACUUGUAUAGCAAGUCUGUUACCGUCAUCAACCUUGUAACAAGGUGAUAUCACAACUUAUUUCAGACUUGUCACAACAACUGGGAACAAUCAGUGCGAACACAUCCUGGUUUCAGCUUGUUUGCAACUUGUGACAACUUGAGCGUUUUUACGUGUGUGCCUGGUAGCGCCGCACAAAGUUCAUGAUAUUCCAUUUCUAUUUCCCACGCGUGUUGUCCCGCGCGCUACUCACGCGACGGCGCAGCAAACCAAAGCGAGGAUAUAUGCCAAAAUUAUUUCGUAAACUUUUGUAUACUGU